GUUGUUAAGUAUUUUGUUUGAUAUGAUAUUAAUAAUUAGACACUGUUUAUCUACUGCUCUAUAUGUUGUAAGUGUAUGAUUCAAGAAUUUUCUUCUUGCUAAUUUACAUGUAAUGAUGCCAAACAAAUUUUUGGCUCUUCUGAAACUGAUUAUAAGUAGCUCAAGAAUUAUUUUAUGAUUAUUUAGUUAGAAAUGACUGUUAUUUAGGUCAGCUCGGAAGUUUUUACCUUCAAUUUAAGUCAUUGCCUUUUGUAAUUGUUGAAGCAGAGUGGUACGUAUGCCAUUCUAAAAUGACUAACUAUUUGGGUUUGGGUACUCCCUUAGUUUAAGCACAGCCAGGAUGCCUACAAUAGGUCAUGUUGAAUAGUGAGCUCGUGCCCCACCCUCUACAAUAAUGGGUUUGGAACAUCCUCUUCAAAAACUCACAUCCUAUCAUGUUCAAAGGUCUAAGCAUACCUAGGAUAGAGCACAUGCAAGAGUCCGCACUUAGCCACUGAUGCGGAUAUGUGGAGGGGCCCAAAGGGGAUUAAGGGAAGGAAGAGGGCUAUUCUGGUCAUUGGGCACAAGGUAGGGCUUGAGGAGCACUGUUCAUAAGAGGGGAGGAGGGGGUUCGUGGGGGAGAGGGAGGCCGAUUCAGGCUUUUGCAAGGGGGAGUCUUCUCCCUCUCAUACCCUUCACUGGUGCCGGACGGAGCUGCCGGUCUGGCCCUCCUCCUCUACCCUACCUCCUUAGCGCUCCAGCGCCUUCACGAGGAAAAAGGGGGCAUCGCGCUUGGUUUUUCCGCCGUCACCGAGUAGAGAGACGGGGAGCUACUGCCUUCACCCAGUUCGCCACCGACUCCGAUCACGACACUAUUCCUCCUCCGCGUCUCCGGCGUCGGCCACCCUUGGCCGGCCAGGCGGUUUCCUCUCCUCUCGCCCUUCUCCUCAUCCUCGAUCCGGGACACAGGCGGCUGAGGCAGGUCGUCGCCGUGAGGAAGGUUCGCCGCCUCCUCCUCCCUCACUGGAUGUGCUGCAUAGCCGUCUCCUCCCCCCUUUCUCUGGCGCUGACGCCGUCGAGGGGCAUCAUCAUCACCUCCCGCAGUGGUCACAACCGCCUCCAACAGCAACCGUCUCCGGCAACCAGCGCAGUCAUCUCGGGCGACCAUUGCCACAGUCGCCUUUGGCGGCCAGCGCCUCCAGCGUCCAGCGCCAUCGCCUCUGGUAGCCAUGCCGUAGCCGCCGUCACCUCCAGGCAGCCGUCGUCACCCUCCAAGCAAUCUCCGUCCGAGGACUCAGGUAUCGUACUAUGCCUAUAUUCCGGCCUGCGAGCCGAAAGUGUGUUCGGCCUUUGUGCCGUUGUUGUAUCUCGGCCUGCGAGCCGAUGGAGUGUUCGGCUUUUGUGCCGCUGUUGCAUUCCAGCCUGCAAGCCAAGGCUGUAGUCAGACCGCGUAUCGUCAUACAGAUCCAUAUCGCGUCCGGCUUGGAGCCACAAGAGCCAGUUACUCAUUUGGUGGACGUCUAUCUACUCCUCGCGACUGCGAAGACUCGAUCAGCGCCGCAACCAGCUCAUCCAUCCAUCCGAGGGCGCCCCCCCGGGGCUAGGGUUUCACUUUGGGAUGGAAUCAUACAAUCUAAAGAGCAUGCUAAAUUUUGGAGUCACACCACAAAUAAGUAUCAUUUUACUGACCAGGGAAACAACCUUAGAGGAAAGGAUUACAACUUAACGCUUCAUUGGCAUAUUAUGCCCAAGACUGGCAAGAUGUUUGCUGACAAAAUAGUCAUGACUGGAUAUAGCCUUUCUGAGAAUUACAAAUAGGUAUCUCUCUCAUAUGUUUGAGAAAUAGAUGCCAUGUUGUACGAUGCUAGCAGCAAGUUUUUGCAAAUGAAUAGGAAUUUACGGGUUCUCUCUCCUUAUCAUCUUAUGGUGGCUUUUGCAUGAAGAGCAACAAUAGAUUUUAGUUUUAAGCUAUUUCCUUCUUAGUCCACUCUUGAAAGAAUCCUUAACAAUCGUCAUCUAUGCUGCUUUCCUGCUUUAUGAUAUAUAUUCUUUGCAUUA